CGGUACUGUAGUGCGUCUGAUCAACUGCCAGUAGUACCAGUUGGAGUACUUGUCUGCUGCCGUGCCGUCGUGUGCCACUGUCUGGUCGUUAACAGGAGCUUGGCUUGUUGUCGUUGACGUGAUGGAGCUGGACAAAAUGGAUGAAAACGACUGGAAGUAUCACGGAGAAGGAAACAAGAGCCUGGUGGUCUCACACGUACAGAUUUCCAGAGUUCUCCGUCUGCUCAAGUAUCCAGCAGAGGACUCUGAAAACCCACCACAGACAGCAGAGCAGGCCUUCAGGCAGAUCCAGAACAUUGUUGACUUCAGCUCUAAUGUGAUGAGCAGCCUGCUGGGAGAGAAGUUCAUCCACAGUGGGGAAGUUGUCAAACUGCCGCUAGAGUUUGUACGACAGCUGUCAAUCAAAGUUCAGCAUCAAAGACCAGCAUGGCGGUGUGAUAAGGUGAUGGACAUCUACAGCGGCUGUGCUCUCUGUCUGCCCAACCUGACAUGUCCAGCCCUUCACCAGCCAACACACACUCCUCCACUCUGCAUCGAGAUCAAGCCUAAAUGUGGCUUCCUGCCGUCCUCCAAACAUGUCAGCAAAGACAUCAAGACCAAAGUGUGUCGCUUCUGCAUGCACCAACACUACAAGGUAGCCAAUGGAAAAUGGAAGUCACGCAGUCUGUACUGUCCUUUAGACCUGUUCUCAGGGAACAGACAGAGAAUGCACUUUGCCAUCAGACACCUGAUAGAAGAACCUCAGAACAACUUCAAAAUCUUCAAGGGUGGUCAGUGUAUUUACAGCAGUAAAGAAGGCAGUGACGACUCGUUGGACCUGAACUCUCUGCUUCAUCAUCUCAGACCGUACUUCAUGUACGGAAACAACAGAAUCAACAGUCACAUGACUGGCAAAGCUGUCCUGAACGACUUCAUCCAGGUCCUGGUGAACGCCCUGCUGAGUGGUGGAGGAGGAGAUGGAGGUCUGGUGACGGACAGACGAGGAGAAGGGCGGAGCUUCUGUGAAGCCAGUCUUUUCAACAAGGAGAGGAUUCGCCACGGCUCUCAGGGUUUACCCAGCGACACUGUUUUGUUCAGGAUUCUUCAGACUCAGAUGUUGGACACGUUGGACAUUGAGGGACUUCAUCCUUUGUACCGCCGAGUGGAGCAACACCUGCAGGACUUCCCCAAGGAGAGAACCCAUCAUCAGAUAGACGGGCCGUACAACGAGGCCUUCAUGGAGAAGCUGCAGAAAUGUCCGACUGAUGAUGACGGCUCUGUGGAGUACGCCGUCGCCAAGGUUCAUCAGUAUCGUGUCGCCAUGACAGCCAAGGACUGCUCCAUCAUGGUGGCCCUGGUGCCCAGCAAUGAAGAAAAGGAGGAUGAUGAAGGUCUCUCCAGUCAGAGGCGGCUCAGAGACUUCCUCUCCUCCAGACCUCCUGCUUUCUCCUACUCGGUCUCCAUCCUGGAUCUGGACCCGAAGCCGUUCGACAGCAUCCCCCGCCAGCUGCGCCUGGACCAGAGGAUCGUCUCCUGCUACUUGCGGACUGGUGGUGCCUUGCCAAAGGGGUCUCUGCCGCCGCUCCCGGGCAUCUUCACAGCUGCAGAGAGAGAGGACUGCACACUGCUCUUCCACCCUGUGUGAAAGCCCAAGCAGAGCCGGGUGACCCUGAGGACGAGGACUAACCGACGCCAUGCUGAUGCCUCAAACGGAGAGGAGAGACGCCAUGUUGAUCCCAGAGGUCUAGAAUCACUUCAAGAACAGAGCUGUUUAUUCACUGCAGCACUUUCUCCUCCUCACUCAGCUCAUGUUGACAGGUAUCGCCCUCUGGUUCCUGCUACAGCUGCUGCUCAGCAAAAAUAAAAUCUCCAGGAAGUCGCCACUAAAUCACCAGACGUUUAAACGACUUCCAGGUCAUUUUUGUUACCCUUAGAGCUUUUGUGACGUCGUGGCGGCCCGACUUCUCGCUCCUGUCCGAAGGUGAAUCCUACUAUCACCUACCUGUUCUGUCACGACGCAUAUUCAUUAGAGAGCUUAACUUGCAGGGAGCUUUGUUCUUUCCUUUGGUGACAAACAAGGGGAUUAAAGGAUCAGUUCCCCGUAUGUAUGUUGCAACAGGUUUGCUGUAAUAAUCUCACCUGGUCAUUCUUGCCAUUAAGAGAUCCCUUCCUAAUGCACUUUCAAUGAGGGUGGGGGACAAACUCCACAGUCGUCCUUCUCGAGGCUUCAGCCGUCUGAGUUUACACAAAUUAGGUUGGUAACUUUUUAAAGAAAAUUCAGCUUUUCACACAGUAAAACAAAAAUAUUAACUUCCAUUUCUAACAAGUUUGUGCUUCAGUAUCUCUUACACUCAGUGGGACUUUUUGGUUAUAAAAUUUAAAAAGUGUUUCCUUUCCAAGGAGACGGGUGCUAUAACUAGAGUCAAAGGGGUUGAAGGACAGUAGUGUUUUAUUUUGGGUAAAAUAUUUCCUGUAACCUUCGAGUUACAGUUCUUGGGUAUAAAUCUUACAGUAACAUAAAGUGGGAAUUUCGAGUGAAACUUGGGAAAAUAUCUUUUUGAUCCGUCUGGACUCAGACAGCUGAAGCCUCAUAUAAACUUGGAGUGUGUUUUAACACAGAACGAGGACUGUGGAUUUAGUCCCACAUCAUGACCACGUCUCUUAAUGGACAGUAUGAUCAGGACGGAUGAUUACAGCACAAAAAACAGUAUCUACGGACACCUGAGUAUUGUUAUAAGACAGACUUGUUUCUUUCCUUUAACCUCCUGAUGAGGACUGAUGCGGUAGUCAUGGCAACAGUCUCUGACUCUUCUUGUUCUCGUUGGCAACGCUUCUGACAAAGAGAAAAAAUAGAAGUGAAGGACAGAAAAGGUUGUUGGGCUGUGAUGUACGUAUGAUGUCAUUUCCUGAAUGUACUGGGGGUGGGGGGUGGGGGUAGGUUGUCUAUCCAGGUUGUCCACUGAAGCAUCACUAUGGUAACAGAAACACUGGUUAUCAAGCCGCCAUAGUGGAUCUGAUCACCAUACCGUCUCAGCAGCUGGAUGGAGAAGUUGAGAUGGUUCUUGUACCCAUAAUUCUUUGCUUUCAUUCGAUGUCUGCGGCCAGAGGUUUUAAAGCAGAGGUUUUCAGUCCGACUCAUCACACUGACCAACUCACAACUAUUUAAUUAACGAGACUAAGGCUGUAACGAGUCGUUGGUUGGCAGGAAAUUAAGUGGCGACAAUUUUGAUGAUGAUCUACUAAUUGUUUCAGUCAUUUUUCUAGUAAGAAUUUGUUGCUUUCAGCUUCUUAAAUGUGAGAAUUUUCAGCUUUUCCUCGUCACACGUGGCAGUUAAUUGAAUGUGUUUAGGUUCCUGACAGAAAACUGAAGACACCAAUGGGGGCUUAGAGAAAUUGUGUGUUGAAGGUCGAUGGAGGAAAGUUUAGUGUCAUUAAAGGGUCAGUUUAACCAAAUACAAGUUUCUCUCUUCGACCUAGUGAAAUCUCUCGUCAGAUAGUUUUGGUUUCAUUUAAGGGAGUUUGUUAUAUUAGCAUUUAAUUUUCAGCAGCAACAUCUCUUUUCAGAGACAGUGUCUCUGUUAGCCUGGAUGAUCCACAACACAGUGGAAACAGCGUUGAUUGGAACCAUCUCUUGGGUAGGAAAUAGUUUCCAUGAACCAAAUUCUGAAAAGAGAAGUUGCUGUUGAACUUUAAAAAAAAAAAAAAAAAAAAAAAGCAUUAGUUUUAAUUAGAUGUAUAUAUUUUAUUAACUAGAGUAAACUGACCCUUUAAGCUGGGACCUCUGACUGAGCAGCUUGUAGAUUUCCUCAAGCUAAAAAUUUUGUGUCCCGCUGCUUUUUUCUGACAGAAAUCCCACGUUUGUGUUGAAGAAAUGAUUUUAACUCUUUUUGUUGUCGGAACUAGAUUCAAUCUUUUCUGUUGGAGGUUGAAACGGUCGCAUUUCAGUAGUUGUCUAAAAUUCCCUCUUUCACUAACCUGGUGAUUUGCAGCUUUGUAAAGGUACGGUUACAUUACACUUGGACCUAGAGAAUAUUUGUCCCAUUCAGUUGAAGCCUAAAACCACAAUUUGAAGUGUGAGUUUGCUGUGGACUCACGGGUCAGAGUUCAACCUCCGAUCUAUGAAUUCACAGACAAUAGAAACACUGAUGCACAAUGGAAAAGUCGUUAUGGUAACGACCACCAGACAACAAAGUGAAACAUCACCUUCCUUUAGAGUCUUCUUACUCUGUAUCUUAUCAUCAUCUACACAGUGACAGUACGUCCCCUUUCUGACUUCAGGGUGAUUUGACUGAACGGACUAAUGUAACUGUUAAAGUGAAGCAGGAGUUAAUUAUAAUAGGGGUCAAAAGAAAUGACUAAUGGAACAGGGACACACAGCAUGCCCAGUCUGUUGUAGACCUGUGUGACUCACCAUAGCAAGGGCUUCUGGGUAACAGAGCGUAGUCCUCUUCAGACAGGCCGAGCUUCUUGCUGCUGCUCCGCUGGUUUUCGUGCCAUAAGAGGCUUGUUGUGUGUUUGUUGUGUUUGUCUUGGUGCCUAAAUGUUCUGGUAGGACUGGAUGAUGGGGUGGUGUGUGUGCAUGUGUGUGUGUGUGUGCAUGUGUGUGUGUGUAGAAAACUCACUUUGUUACAGGUUGCAUUCACAGCUGAGAUCUGAGACAAAAUCUGAGCUGCUGUGGACGCAGCCGUGAACGCUCAGUACCUCGAACGCCUAAUGAUCCGAACCGAAGCUCUACACACUCAGGGGCGCUGCGAGGUUUCUGAGGACCGUGACGUCACCUGGAGUUCAGACUUGUCCCCAGUUUGGUGACUACAGCUGUUGGUCUCCAUCAGCAGAAUGUUGACUGGAGUCUUUUCAGGUCCAGAUUAAGUCUUUUUUGUCAUCAAGGACAAACUUUGUGACCUCAUCGUCCUCUUACACCAGCAGCGUCACUGAAGCUUCAGAUAAACUGGUAACACUUGACUUCAGUUCCACUGUUUACAGUGUUCACUCUCCAGCCUCCACGACCUCAUCAGCCAAUCAAACGUCUGAAAACAAAUCACACUACAAGACUAAAAACCUCAGACGACAGAAAAUCCUGAACACUCCACUUUGCUCCCAGCGUCAGGUGUGUUUUCUGGAAACUUGUCAGCUGAUGAUGAACAACUGCAGCAGGUCAACAUCACUGUGACAUCAGCAGGGUGACAUGGUCAGUGGUUCUGUUAAAUCUAAACACUAAAGGUUUAAAUCCAGAGAUCAAUCGGAAGACCAACACCAUCAAACACAGUUUGACCUUUAACCAAUCCCUUUCUAACUGACGUCUAGCUGCCUGUUUGUGUGGGAGAUGGGCGAGUGAAAGGCUGGAGAGUGAACAGCAGUGAACUGAACCAACCACUGAUCGUUCUAACUGUUGAAAUGAAGACGCGACAGGCAGCAUGGCGAGGCAGCAGAGGCUCAUGGGAGUUAGAGGGAGGAGGGUCUCCAGUUGUAGCGUCGUCUCUGAGUGAGAAAGCCGAGGUCUGGACACAAGUCAACAUGACGUGUCUCAGCUGUAAAAUUAGAUCCUGAUUUAGUUUUUUUUUUUUUUUUUUUUUUUUUUUUUUUAAAUCUCAUCAGUGUGAUCAUGAGAAAACUCCGCUGCAGUUAGUCUCAUAUAUUCUCAUGACAUUUAGAUCACAGAGUUGAAGCUGCGUUCAUGUCAUGUGGGAUUUAUAGAAGGUAGAAAUGGACAAAUUGCUUUUUUUUUUUUUUAACUUUCUGAGAGGGUUCACUGUGCAUUAACAAUUUAACACUAAAACCAUUCAAGCAGCAUUUAUUUAUCUUUAACAGCAGGACUUUGGCCUCUGUUAGAUUUUUUUUUUGGUAUUAUAUUGUUGCGUGUCAGAGUUAGUAGGUUGGUAAACUAUUUACAAUCAAAAAUAGGUGCUAGGUAACGAUGCUCAUUAUCAAUCUUACUUUCAUUCUAUACGACAACGUUUCAACCACAAACUUUCUUUCCUCAAGUUGAAACGUUUUCACGUCUGUGUGGUUCAAAAUAAAAAUUACACACAAGACAGUACGGCUGCAACUAACAAUUAUUUUCAUUAUUGAUUAAGCCUUUUGUCUAUAUAGUCUCACAAAAGCAGGUGAUUGCUUGUUGUAUUUGAUCAACAGAACAAAAGCCAGUUUUCUUUAUGUGCGACAAAGAUCCAGACGUGUGAGAAGCUGAAACCUGAGAAUUUUUAGGAUUUUUGCUAGCGAAAUGUCGAAUUGAUUAUCAAAAUAGUUGUAAUUAAUAUUCUGUUGAUCGACUAAUUGAUUAAUUGUUGCAGCUCUUCAAGAUAGCACUGGCUAGGGAGGGAUGUUUUUUUUAAUACAGUAACUCCCACAUGACAUGAACGUGUUUGACGCAUCUGUUUUUCUUAGAGAUGAAUCAUUGACAAUCUGAAAAACCCAGAAGGUUGUUAAUCAACAUGUCACCAACUGUUCUGAAAGUAUUAACAACAAUCUGGAUGAAAAAUAUUCUGCCGACAGCCGGAUAAAAGAUUUUUGACCUGUUUCAUGAUCCAGAAAUUUUGACUAAAUAAACAUCCUUUUUUCUAAUUUUGUUUAACUUGAUGUCUCAGUCUGGAUCUUGGAAACCGAAUUUGACAAAAAUCUCAACUCAACGCCCACUUUCUGAGAGCAAAGCCUGUAACUGGAUCUUUGGUUGAGAUUCUUUUAUCAGCUGCUCUUCUCUAGGUCAAGGAUUUCCAUGACAACAGAGUAAAUGCAGUCUGAUUAUGACUGUGUAUCAUUAUUGUGUGUAAAGCACCAGAACAACAGAGUAAGUGAACCUUGAGUUGAGUUUCUAAUUUUGGUUCACAUUGCAUUCACUAGGAUAUGGGUAAUUUCUAGCUUUCAUCUUUUUAAGAAAAUAAAGUUGAAAGUUUGCAAAAAAAAUCUUCUUUAUGGUGCGGUGUAAUAUUUUUUUUUUAUCCAGAUAAAUAAAAAAACCUUCAAGGAUUCUGUAAAUCUCUUCAAAUGUAAGUGUUGUUAAACAACCUUGUGGGUUUUUGAGCGAUUGUCAAGGAUUCAAUGCGACAAUGAAACUAAAAUACAAGACGGCAACAAACUUGGGCUGGAGGAGACUGUGGAGAACAACUUUUUUGUUUUGUAAUCUUGAGAAAAAGAACUUUGUCCAGACCUCUGUCCUCACAGAGAGAUGAAGGUGCGACAGGUGAGCUGGAGUCUAAUUGGCCGGUUUGCCUCUGCCUGCUGCCUGAGCGUUGACCUGCAGAAACAUCACAGCACUGUGAUACCACGGACUCCUAAUAACUGCGUGUGUGUAAAUAGCUGAGAGAAGAAACUAUUUGAAAAUACAAAGGCGACACUGCUGUCUAGCAUUUUGUAUUUAAAUUAUUUAUUUUUGUAGAUUUUGACCAAUGAGCUCUGCUGUUACAGCCGUCACAGCCGUGCUCUUUCUAUUGAAUAAAGAUUUCUAAGAGACUAAA